AAGAACAGUACUAGGAGCAGCAGGAGCGAAACAGACCACGGGGACUGCACGCGGACGAGCCAUACGCGUGUGCUGUGCGCGCAUAUACCCGCAAAUAUUAUUUUUUUAAGAGCAUUUCAAGAGUUAUUCGGAGUGAGUUAAAACUGAACAAUUAUUACGAAGUUUUGUGGAACGGAUUUUCGUGAGCUAUAGACUGGGUGUGCCGAAACAUUGAUAAAUAUGGCGAACAGCGUAGCACCGGACUCGUGGGAACAGCAGGCGGACAGCGCUGACACCACAGCCGACAAUACAUUCAUCGAGGGAAAAUUCUCGACUCUCAAUGUUAAUGCAGCGGAAUUUGUGCCUUCAUUCUGCAUGAACUCAUUACUGAAGACGGAUAUACCGACGACAAAUGUCGACACCUUAGCCCCGUCUAAUACUACCAAUGAUACGCCUGUUGACGAAUCAAAUAUCUCCGAUGUUGGAACAACUACUUUUGUACCUCCAGAAACUCAUCACACUGCUUCGGUACCAGCCCUACCACCAGAUCCUGUGAGCAACCGGGUUGAAGAACCUCCUGCUGGAGGAGGAGCACCUCCACCUCCGAGUGUAACUGAUCAUGAAGCAAGUAACAGCAGUCCGGAACAUCAACCGGCUGAUUCCUGGGAAGAAGCUGCAGUUGAUGGUGAUCCUUUAUUGACACCAGAAAACGAAGAGGUGGAUAUUGAAGAAGAUGAAGAAACGGUUGUGAAAGUAAUUAAAAAGAAACCAGUCAAAAUAACAGAAGACACAAAAAGCAAAAAAGAACAUGUCAAUGUCGUUUUCAUCGGACAUGUUGAUGCUGGUAAAUCAACAAUCGGUGGUCAAAUAAUGGCUUUGACAGGUAUGGUAGAUAAAAGAACCUUAGAAAAGUAUGAAAGAGAGGCUAAAGAGAGAAGCCGAGAAACUUGGUAUCUCAGCUGGGCAUUAGAUACCAAUCAAGAAGAGAGAGAAAAAGGAAAGACAGUUGAAGUAGGCAGAGCGUACUUUGAAACUGAGAGAAAACAUUUUACUAUUCUUGAUGCUCCUGGUCAUAAGAGUUUUGUGCCAAAUAUGAUUGGUGGUGCAGCUCAAGCUGAUCUUGCUGUUCUCGUUAUAUCAGCACGAAAAGGCGAGUUUGAGACUGGCUUUGAUAGAGGCGGACAAACGAGAGAACAUGCCAUGCUUGCAAAAACAGCAGGUGUUAAACAUCUAGUAGUUUUAGUUAAUAAAAUGGAUGAUCCUACUGUCGAGUGGGAUGAAACGAGAUACAACGAGUGCAGAGAUAAAAUUCUGCCAUACCUUCGUAAAUUAGGUUUUAAUCCAGCAAAAGAUUUAACAUUCAUGCCGGUCUCAGGACAAUUAGGAAUUGGUUUGAAAGAUCCCAUUCCUGAACAGCUAUGCACUUGGUAUAAGGGUCCACCUUUUAUCCCAUUCAUUGAUUCUUUACCAUCACUUAAUCGUAAGAGCAAUGGACCAUUUAUUAUGCCUAUCGUAGAUAAGUAUAAGGAUAUGGGUACGGUAGUGAUGGGGAAAGUUGAAGCUGGUGAAUCAAGAAAAGGUCAAGCUCUAUUAGUUAUGCCAAAUAGGACGGCAGUAACGGUAGAUCAAUUGUGGUCAGAUGAUGAAGAAGUAACGUCUGUUGGGCCCGGAGAAAAUGUCAAGAUCAAACUAAAGGGUAUUGAAGAAGAAGACGUUAGUCCAGGAUUUGUUCUUUGCGAUAGUAACAAUCCUAUAACAACUGGAAAAGUCUUUGAUGCUCAGGUUGUUAUCUUAGAACACAAGAGUAUCAUUUGCGCGGGAUAUAGUGCAGUUAUGCACAUUCAUUGCGCUGCUGAAGAAGUCACCGUCAAGACACUUCUUUGUUUGGUUGACAAAAAAACAGGAGAGAAAAGUAAAACGCGACCGAGGUUCGUUAAACAAGACCAAGUUGCUAUUAUGAGAAUAGAGUGUGCUGGAGUCAUUUGCCUUGAAAAAUUUAAACUCUUUCCACAAAUGGGACGAUUUACCCUCAGGGAUGAAAAUAAAACAAUUGCUAUUGGAAAGGUGCUGAAGGUAGUCGAGUAAAAUUUGCUCAACGUCAUCGAUCGUUAGUACCGGUCGAAGUCAAAAGCGGAAACAUACACAUAACGACGCAACGAGCUGCGUACAAGAUGGUACGCCAGAUGAAUACAAUAUCAAAGCAGAAAUAAUUAAUAAAUAAAACGAAUAAUUUACGAAAAAAACAAAAAAAAAAAAUUGAAAAGAAAUAAGUAAUUUUGGAAUUUGAUUGCUUCGUUGGUCUGAUAAAAUCUGGCGACGACACCGGCCUCUAUUAAUUCAGGCACCCUUUUUACACUUAUUUAAAGUACAUACACUAAUUCUUCAUAAUCACGCCGGUUUUCACGCUUUAAUAGUCGACAUAUUUCGAUCAUUGUUUUUCUACAAUUGUAAACAUGGAUAGGAUAACGGUGUAGUAACGCAUUUGUCUGUCUUGAAUUGAAAUCACGAGAGUGCAAGAAAUAAACUAGAACACGUAAGCAAUGAUUUCUAAGAAAGAAGCUGAAGUGGACAAUGAGGGUCAUUGGCCUCAACUACGACGUCGUUCAUUUUUUUUAUUUUACUUUUAAUUUUUUAUCACUCUCUACGUCGUGGUUUCUCAUGCGAUCCUCCUGUAAAGUAUAUGUAAAUAUACUUUCAGUAUACAUUAAACAAAAAAAUUAACUAAAUUUUGAGCAUCUUAUAAUGUGUUCUACGCUAAUGAAUUUUAUUUCUUGAUCUUUCAUCUUACUAAAAACAAAACAGAUUUAUGCGUGUACUUGACAUCACACUACAUGUACAUCAUAAAUAUAAUUAUGUAUAUAUUGAGUGUUUGAGUAUAUACAUAAUAAAUAUUGUUUUUCGGCUCUUAAUCAAUUCAUAUUGUAAUAAUUGCGUGAAGAAUUGAAAAAGAAGAGAGGAAAAGGGAUUAAAUGCAAAUUGGAAUCAAAUCACAAUGCACGAAGUUUUUUAAAUAUUGGCAUGAAAAAUAAACUGAUCAAUUAUUUUACAUAAUUAAAAUUUUAAAUGAAUUCAAUGAAAUCAUGCCACAAAUGGAAGAUAAAGAAAGAGGAGAGAAAAGUGAAUAAUUAUGUAUCACUUGUUAUAAAAAAAUUUUAUAAAAAAUUUUUAUUUAUUCAAUUUUUAUAAAAAUUUUUUUUUUCAUCCACGUAACGCGAUAAAGUAAAAAGUAUUUAACAGAUGUGAAUAGGAGUGAGUAAUAAUAAGGAUAAAAAUUAUAUUAUCAUCAACAUCUUUUAUUCCAUCUUUAUUAUUAGAGCUAAUAACUAUAACGGUGGGUAUGAGGUGUAAGCAAUGAAUAGAGAACAAAGAAUUUCUUAUAACACAAAAAGGAAAAAUUGCAAAAAGGCUAAAGGUGUUAUGUGACAUUAAAUGAUAAUUGAUCAAUUAUUAUUAAUUAUUAUUAAUAUUAUUAUUAUUAUUAUUAUUAUUAUUGUACUGUUUCUUAUUUUAUUGCUAUUAAAAAUGAAUUUACGAGAUUAUUGUUUUUUUUUUUAGUUUAUAUUUGAGCCAUGGCCGGGGUUUUAUCAUAAUAAAUAGAUCUUUGUAAAAUUAAUUCAAUAUGUUUAUAAUGAUUGUGCUUUGCUUAACAUUUGGCCUCAGAUUUUUUUUUUCGGUACAAUAAUGAUUAUAAAAAUAAGUAAUAGGUAAGAGCGCUUGUUCACGCGACUUUAUGUGUCGAUGCUAAAACGCGAAAUAAAUUAAAAUAAAUAAAUAAUAAAAUAAAUACUAAGAUUGCAAAGUCUUUCGCGAGCGAGAGAGGAUUAUAAAUUAAAUAAUAUUUUACUUGAAUUUAAAAAAGUGCUUUUUAGCAGCAACGGUUGCAUUAAUUACUGCAGAUGAGGUUACUAUUGACAGAUAAAAUUGAUAAAUUGAUAGUAAAAAGAGAUUAAAAAAGGAGAUAAUUAAUAAAACGUAAAAAUGACAAAUUCAAAUGUUUUUUUAGUGAAAUAAACUUACGAGAUUAGUGGAGAUGGUACUUGUAAAAAAAAGGAUCGGCAACGACCCCAUUGUUAUUAUUAAUGAUUAACUAAUUAAGCUAGUAAUAAUUAUUAUUAUAAUAAUAAUAAUGAUUAUGAGGUAAUUAAUUAUAAAUUCAAAAUGCGAUAAAUGGAGUGUUAUGAUGGCAGAUCAUGCGUGACAAUACUCUCGCGUGUGAUUUAAUACAGAUUUAAAAAUAAAAACCAUAUUGAUUGUGAAGAAUGAACAUAAAUUGAAAAUGAUGAAACAAAGUAGAUGUCUAAGAAGCUUAGCGUGAACCACGUAACCCAUCGCGGUCACAUUCAUAUUUUUAUAUUAUAUAUCACAUACGCCAUGAUUUUUAAUUAAUUAUCAUCAAAUCUGAUCGGUCAGGAUGAUUUAACAUCUGUCCGUUUACCAUUUUAUCAAUACAUUCAUUAAUAAUUGGAAUAAAUCACUCAAAUGGGCAUCAAAAAUUAAAAAAUAAAUUUUUAUGAUUGAUUAUUGAUCAUAACAUUUAAAUGUACCAAUGAAAAAUCGUAGAAUGAAGUCGCUUACAAAUUGUAAACACGCGAGGCAUUCACAGAAUUGAACUAAUAACUUUUUUUGAUGAAAAAACAUGCAAAAUAUUAUUGUAAAUUGCGUGCGUGUGCAAGUGUGUGUGUUGUUAAUGUAUAGACUACACUUUUAUGUAAAUUUUGUUGAUAAUCAUUUCAAGACAUACUCUAUGAAUUUUGAGUAUCAAUAAAAACAUACAAGACAGCCUA